AUGGAAGAUUCACAAGUGUCUCUCUCACGACGACGUGAUCUAGAUCAUGCUGUUCCUUAUGAUCUCAUCGUUGAGAUACUCUCUCGACUACCAUCAAAACCACUCAUGCGAUUCCAAUCCGUGUCAAAGCUAUGGUUCUCAACCAUCCGCAGCAAAAACUUCGUUGACACGUUUGUGACUAGGUCAAAGACUAGGUCUCGUCUCCUUUUACCUUUCAUGCAAUUUGAAUCCAGAAAACGUUUCAUCUUAUCCGCUCCUGAACACAAGGAGGAUGACAAGUCCUCAUCCACAGUCACUUUCAGACACGACAUGGCGAUCUCGGAUCCCGUCCACUACAAAAUGUCUCGCCCCGUAAACGGUCUGAUUUGUUGCGUACGUGACUCAUCGAUCACCGUUUGUAAUCCGACCACUAGACAACUAGUGAAACUGCCAGAUGUUACAUGCAACGGAAGACACAUACAUGCACGUCUCGGCUAUGAUCCAGUGGAAGAUCAAUACAAAGUGUUGUGUUCGAUAAUGACGCAAUCGAGUUCAUUCUGCGAUCUCCGACAGGAGCAUUUAGUUUGCACAGUGACAUCAUCUGAGAAACAAGAGUGGAGAAAGAUUGCGAACACCACCAUAAAUGGCUAUCGUAGCCUCAUCAGCGGAGGGAUAUGUAUCGAUGGUGCUAUAUACUACGAAGCUAGAAAGUUAAUGAUUGUUAGAUUUGAUGUUAGAACUGAGAAUAUUAAGUUAAUUAAAGCACCUGAAGAGUCAGUCUUCUUGAGAAAAUUCCCUUCCACUCUUUUAAAUUACAAUGGAAAAUUGGGAACUGUAGAUUAUCCUGAUAAAAGCGUUAUGAGAUUGUGGAUUCUAGAGGAUGCUGAGAAGCAACAAUGGUCGAGCAUGACGUGUGUCUUACCUUUGGAACUGGAAUGUCUACUUGGGAGUUACGUAGUGUCUAAAGGAGAUGUUCAUAACGGCGAGAUUAUGGUGUUUCAUCCAUCGUCAUGGUCAUAUAAGCCAUUUUGUGUUUGGUAUUAUGAUUUAAAGAAAGAGAGUACAACAAGAAAAGUCGAGGUAGUGGUGGAUCGUGAGUUCAAACGUAUCCAUGGGAUCGGUGAGCGAACAUGGCAGAUGUUAUGUUAUCCAGGUUACUUUGAGAAUAUUAGGUUCUUGUGA